CCUAUCCCAGCCGCACCGGUCCUUCGCGGCACACGCGAGGCUCCCAUGGCUCUGGCGGCGGCCCCGUGGGGGCGACAGUGGGAAGAGGCCCGCGCCCUGGGCCGGGCAGUCAGGAUGCUGCAGCGCCUAGAAGAGCAAUGCGUCGACCCCCGGCUGUCCGUGAGUCCCCCUUCGCUGCGGGACCUGCUGCCCCGCACAGCGCAGCUGCUUCGAGAGGUGGCCCAUUCUCGGCGGGCGGCCGGCGGAGGCGGCCCCGGGGAUCCCGGCGGCUCCGGGGACUUUCUACUCAUCUACCUGGCCAAUCUGGAGGCCAAGAGCAGGCAGGUGGCCGCGCUGCUGCCUCCCCGGGGCCGAAGGAGUGCCAACGACGAGCUCUUCCGUGCGGGCUCCAGACUCAGGCGACAGCUGGCCAAGCUGGCCAUCAUCUUCAGCCACAUGCACGCGGAGCUGCACGCACUCUUCCCCGGGGGAAAGUACUGUGGACACAUGUACCAGCUCACCAAGGCCCCCGCCCACACCUUCUGGAGGGAAAGUUGCGGAGCCCGGUGUGUGCUGCCCUGGGCUGAGUUUGAGUCCCUCCUGGGCACCUGCCACCCUGUGGAACCAGGCUGCACAGCCCUGGCCUUGCGCACCACCAUUGACCUCACCUGCAGCGGGCACGUGUCCAUCUUCGAGUUCGACGUCUUCACCAGGCUCUUUCAGCCAUGGCCAACACUCCUCAAGAACUGGCAGCUCCUGGCAGUCAACCACCCAGGCUACAUGGCCUUCCUCACCUAUGAUGAGGUCCAAGAGCGUCUGCAGGCCUACAGGGACAAGCCAGGCAGUUACAUCUUCCGGCCCAGCUGUACUCGCCUGGGGCAGUGGGCCAUCGGCUAUGUGAGCUCAGAUGGCAGCGUCCUGCAGACCAUCCCUGCCAACAAACCCCUGUCCCAGGUGCUCCUGGAGGGACAGAAGGACGGCUUCUACCUCUACCCAGAUGGAAAGACCCACAACCCAGACCUGACUGAGCUCGGCCAGGCAGAACCCCAGCAGCGCAUCCACGUGUCAGAGGAGCAGCUGCAGCUCUACUGGGCCAUGGACUCCACAUUUGAGCUCUGCAAGAUCUGUGCUGAGAGCAACAAGGAUGUGAAGAUUGAGCCAUGCGGGCACCUGCUCUGCAGCCGCUGCCUGGCUGCCUGGCAGCACUCGGACAGCCAGACCUGCCCCUUCUGCCGCUGCGAGAUCAAGGGCUGGGAGGCCGUGAGUAUCUACCAGUUCCACGGUCAGGCUACUGCUGAGGACUCGGGGGACAGCAGUGACCAGGAAGGCAGGGAGUUGGAGCUGGGGCAGGUGCCCCUUUCGGCUCCUCCAUUGCCCCCACGGCCAGAUCUGCCCCCCAGGAAGCCCAGAAAUGCCCAGCCGGAAGUGAGACUCCUAAAGGGGAACUCCCCUCCAGCUGCCCUGGGACCCCAGGACCCUGCCCCGGCCUGAAGGCCAGGGCACCGAGAUGUGCUGCUCAAGGGAGCCCCAAGGGCUGGAAGGGGUUUGUGAAACCGAAAUAAACUGCCAAGCCUGGUCUGUCCUCCAGGGUGCAAAGGAAGAGUGCAGUGGCCAGCAGGGGGCAGCAGAGGGCAGCAGGCACUGGGAAAGGGCCGUCCCCAGGCCUGGUCCCCACCUGAACAACAGGAGUCCAGGCCCCAGCCCCUCCUCCCUCAGACCCAGAAGUCCAUACUCCAGCCCCUCCUCCCUCAGACCCAGGAGUCCAUACUCCAGCCCCUCCUCCCUCAGACCCAGGAGUCCAUACUCCAGCCCCUCCUCCCUCAGACCCAGGAGUCCAUACUCCAGCCCCUCCUCCCUCAGACCCAGGAGUCCAUACUCCAGCCCCUCCUCCCUCAGACCCAGGAGUCCAGACCCCCAACCCCUUCUCCCUCAGACCCAGGAGUCCAGGCCCCAGCCCCUCCUCCCUCAGACCCAGGAAUUCAGACCCCCAGUCCCUCCUCCCCCAGUCCCAGAAGUCCAGACCCUAGUCCCUCCUCCCUCAGACCCAGGAGUUCAGACCCCCAGUCCCUCCUUCCUUGGACUCAGGAAUCCAGACCCUAGACCCUCCUCCCUCGGACCCAAGAGUUCAGACCCCAGCCCCUCCUCCCCGAGACCCAGGAGCCCAGACCCCAGCCCCUCCUCCCUCAGACCCAGGAGUCCAGGUCCCCAGCCCCCUCCACCCUCAGAUCUUCAAAUGGAAUCUGGGGCCAGGCA